UGGCCCGAGGCAGUGAUAUUGCUGAUAUUCGUGCGGUGACUGCCGUUGCUGCUGUUCGCGAUCUCUCGCGUCGCGAUCGAACACGAGGAGCGAGGGACGAGGAAUCCGGUUUGUGGUGUGUCGGGGCGGCGGCCGUGUCGCGUCGCAUCGCGUUUUACGCGAGUAAACCUCGAUCCUCCCCGUCGUCUCUUUGUCAGGCUUUCUCGCGGGUGCCUCCGCCGCGCGCUUCGUCGAGGGACUAUUUGAAGAUGGCGCGGGUAAUAAGGGCCGUGGCCGCGUUCGGCGUCGUCCCGUGAUCCCGCGGCGGGGUGGCCGCGUCCUCCACGGAAUUCGAACGACAGUUGUUUACGUGGUCGCGCGCGACUCGAACCGAUUUCGGCUCGUCCAUUCCCGUCUGUCCAGUUCGCUCGUCUCGUCUCGUCUCAUCUCGCGUCGUCUCGGUGCAGUUGAUAGACAGUGCUCUCGUGCGUCGUUCUCGCGGCCCUCGGAAUCCAGGCAACGAGCGAGGAUCGGCGGCGACUGCAGGCGGACGUUGUUACGGAGAACCAAGCCCUGCUCGGCGAUCGCCCGUGUCGCGUUGUGAACGGUUCUACCCACGCUGCUGCUGCUGCGUGUGCUACACACAGACACGGAAGCUGCGUCUCUCCUCGCAGAUUCACGCGCGAAUAGAGCGGAAACAUGCCGGAGGAACAGAAAACCGCUGGUGCUCCAGCAGAAGCAACGGCGGAGAAUGGGACCGGGACGAACUCGCCCACGAAGAGUCCAGUUAGCAAGGGAAAGAUGGCCCUCGCCAAGGUCACUUUGCUGGACGGUACCGUUAAGGAUUUCUACAUCGAUAGAAAGGCGAGGGGGCAGGAACUUCUCGACAUGAUCUGUCAGAGUAUGAAUCUGUUGGAGAAGGAUUACUUCGGCCUCAUCUACGAGGACAGGCACGAUCCGCGCAAUUGGCUGGACCUGCACAAGAAGAUCGCGAAAUUCGUGAAAAACGAGCCGUGGAAGUUUAACUUCGAGGUGAAGUUCUAUCCACCGGACCCGGCGCAGUUGCAGGAGGAUAUUACGCGUUAUCAGUUGUGCCUGCAGAUCAGAAACGAUAUCAUCACCGGACGUUUGCUCUGUUCUUUCGUGACGCACGCUCUUCUGGGCUCUUACCUGGUACAGUCAGAGGUCGGGGAUUACGAUCCCGAGGAGCACGGAAGAACCUACUUGAAGGAUUUCAAAUUCGCGCCUAACCAGACGCCCGAACUGGUGGAGAAAGUGAUGGACCUUCACAAAACGCAUAAAGGUCAGACACCCGCCGAGGCGGAGCUGCAUUAUCUCGAGAACGCCAAGAAAUUGGCUAUGUACGGCGUGGAUCUCCACCCGGCCAAGGACUCGGAAGGCGUCGACAUAAUGUUAGGUGUUUGCGCUUCGGGUCUGCUCGUCUAUAGGGAUCGCUUGAGAAUCAAUAGGUUCGCCUGGCCGAAGAUACUCAAAAUCUCUUACAAGAGACACAACUUCUACAUCAAGAUCAGACCGGGCGACUUUGAGCAGUUUGAGUCUACGAUCGGAUUCAAGCUGGCUAAUUAUAGAGCGGCGAAGAAAUUAUGGAAAGUCUCGGUGGAGCAUCAUACUUUCUUCAGGCUUAUGAGCCCGGAGCCUGUGAAGAAGGUGGGAUUAAUUCCACAUCUGGGAUCUCGUUUUCGAUAUUCUGGCAGAACUCACUACGAGACGAAGAAGACUCCGAUCGACAGGCAACCUCCGCAAUUCGAGAGGUCCCUGAGCGGCCGACGACUCGCCUCCAGAAGCAUGGAUGCAUUAGGUGAGCCUAAACCAGUCGAAACGUAUGGUUCAGAACCGAGCAAACGACACACCAUGAGUUAUGAGCCUGAAAUGCUUCCCGACGAUAUAGAGCAUAUAGAUCGACGGCCUAGCCCAAUCAAGAAACAGAAAGAGAAGCUCACACGAAAAACAAGUGCGGGAACAACAUCAGCUAGCAGCACCAGUAGCCUGGAAGGAGAAUACGAUGCCGACCAUGGGAGAAAGAAACCGGUCGGUGGAAUCGCUGUCCUACCGCCCGGUGGUCUGUCAAAGAAGAAGAAGGAUAAACAGAAUGAGAAUGAGAAGGAGAAUCAUAAUGAUCUGAAUAAUUCCGAUCUGAUUAAUGACAAUGCUCAUCUUGACAACAUUGAUGACAAGUCACUGUCUAAAAAAGAGUCGAGAAAGAAGGAUAAGGAAACGCCGGAAAAGAUGGACAAAGAAAAGAAGGAGAAGAUCAAGAGUCCUGUCGGUGGUUUCCUGUUCGCCAAGAAGGACAAGGAUAAGAAACAGAAAAAGAACAAAGAACUAGACGAGUCCAUGGAGAAGAGUGACGCAGAGUCGAAUCUUUCCACGUUGGAGAAACAAGGAAAGGAGAAGGGCACGGAGAAGGCGAAAGAGCCCUUGAAACUUCCUCAACUACCCGUUUACACGAAACCUUACGACUACGAGGAAACGGAAGCUUCGCCCACGAAGAAGCCAUACACCCCGCACGGAUUCUCCUACGAAGAUAGACCCGCGUCCCCGGGAGUGCAAGACAAACAGUCGCCCACUUCGGCCAGCCGAAAGGCUACGGGAUUGGCGUUCAACUACGCCCCGGGAGAGGAAAAGAAGGUCGCAGAAUCCGCGGAGAAGAGGAAAACGAAGGAAGCGGACAAGCAAGCACCGCCACCGCCACCACCGCCGCUGACAGCAACAGCAGCAGCGGGCUUGAAGACCCCGGGACUCAAUUAUGUAGAAUCCGCUGGCCUGAAGGAGCAGCAGAAAAACAUCACGCAACCGGACGUUGACAAGGAUCCCACGACGGCCUUCAUCAGCGGAGAACGUCAACACGCCAUCGAGGAUGCCGCCAGUCAGUCGAAGAUAAUCCCGCCUGCGCCGGUGGAGUCUAAACCGGACUACCACAUCUUGCCCCUUCCUGACGGCUCGAGGGUGAUCGCGGGUGUGAUUUAUACCAAAGAAGGCAGGCCGCUGGAUCAAAACCACCUCGGACCGGACGGCAGUAGAGUGACGGACGGCAAGGUCUGCGGCAAGGACGGUAAUCCGCUGAAGAAGGGCGAACUCGGGCCGCACGGGGUGCACAUCAGCAACGGCCUGAUCACCGGUAAAGAUAACAAACCUUACCAUCAGCAGAUCCUCGGCACUAGCAGAAACUCCAUUAAAAACGGCCUCAUCUGCUCUCCCAACGGCGAAGCGGUAAAACAGUCUCUCUUGGGACCCGAUCACGCGAUGAUGAAGGAGGGCAAGGUGUUAUUGAAAAACGGCAAACCGGUGCAACACUGUCCACUAGACGCGGACGGCACAUACGUGAAGGAAGGUUUGAUAUUCACUUCGGGUUCGAAGCCGUUGACGCAGGGAUCGUACGGCACAGACAACAGUUACAUAGUCGCCGGUAUAGUAUGCAACGAGGAGGGCAGGCCUCUUCAACAGAUCGCAGUUGUGCCGGACGACACGUUCAUCAGUGACGGGCUGAUUCACGGGCAGGACGGGCGACCGCUCAGCACCGGGAAACUAGGCCUCGACGGCCAUUACAUUGCCGAAGGCAAGGUCUACUCGAAGGACGGCAAGCCGAUCAAGCACGAAUCCUUCAGCUCCGACGGCUCCAACGUGAAGGACGGUGUGAUCUACUCGAAGGAUGGCAAGUUCUUGACCCAGGGCUCCCUGUUACCGACGGGCGCUCACCUGAAGGACGGUAAAGUGGUCGGCAAGGAUGGCAAACCCGUGAAGCACGCGUAUUACAAGCCGGACGGCAGCUUCGUGAAGGACGGUGUAAUACACGGCAAAGACGGCAGGCUGCUCAGCCAGAUACCAUUGAUAGCGGACGGCACUUCCAUUAGGGAGGGACUGCUAUACGACAGAAACAACAAACCGCUGUGCCAAGGGCUCUUCAAGCCCGAUAAUCUCGUGAUUAAAGACGGAGUCUUAUACAAUGCCGACGGCACAGUGCUGUCGAACGCGAUUCUUGGUCCCGACGGCUCGCUUAUAAAGGACGGCAUGGUGAUCGGCAAGGACGGCAAGCCGAUGAAGCAGGAGUCGUUCGGCUCGAACGGGAGCUACAUUAAGAAAGGCGCGAUUUAUGCGAAGAACGGCAAGUUGCUCAACCAAGACUCUCUGAUCCCCGAAGGUGCCAGUAUCAAAGACGGCAAGAUUCAUGGGAAGGACGGCAAACUGCUCAAGUUCUCGUUCUUCAAGCCAGAUGGUAGUUACGUAAAGGACGGCCUCAUCUACGGCGGCGACAACAAGCCGUUGAACCUGAACGCCGCUUUGCCGGAGGACAGCUUCAUCGCGAACGGUGUAAUCUUCGAGCACUCCGGCAAGCCACUGAGCAGGGCAACCUUUGGCUCCGACGGCUCAUACGUCGCCGGCGGGCUGAUUCACGGUAAAGACGGCAAGAUCGUGCUGCAGGGUGUGUUCGGUCCAGACGGCAACACUAUUCGCAAUGGCGCCAUCAUAGGCAGAGACGGCAAGCCGUUGACGCAGGACGACAAAGGCCCAGACAACAUAGCGGUGAGCAACGGCAAAAUCGUGGACCAAGCAGGCCAACCGCGGAAUUUGCCGUCGUUGGUGCCCGAGGGUUGCUACAUUCAGGACGGGGUGGUGUACGACAAGAACGGGCAGCUGUUGAAGCAGGGUGCGUUCAAACCGGAUGGCUGUUAUGUCCGCGACGGGCUCGUACACAGCUGGGGCGGUCAGCUGCUGAACGCCGGCUCUGAGUUACCGAGCGACAGCUACGUCGAGGAAGGCAGGAUCUACGGCAAGGACAAGAAGCCGCUGAAUCAUGCCGCCUUCGGCAUCGAGGGCAGUUUCAUCGAGAACGGCGUGGUUUACGGCAAGGACAAGAAGCCGCUCAGCCACGGCACCUUCGCCGAUGACGGCAGCUACAUACAGAACGGUCUGCUGUACGGGCCGAACGGCAAGCCGCUGAACAAGAGGCGGACCGUCAUCACCGUUACGAAGGUGCGUUACGGUCUGGUGUGCGGUGACGACGGCAAGCCCCUGAAGUCCGGUAACUUCGACAACGAGGGCAACGUGGUGCGGGACGGCAGGAUCUACGAUCCCACCGGCGAAUGUCUUAACCAGAACAUCUACGGACCCGACGGCGGCUUCAUCAAGGACGGUCUGAUUUAUAGUCGCGACGGCAAGCCGUUGUCUCUGGGCGCCUUGCCGCCCGAGAGCAGUUUCGUCAAGAACGGCAAGAUCUAUGACGUCAGCGGCCAGCCGUUGACCACGGAGGCCUUUGGGCCGGAAGGCUUGAGGGUGGUGCAGGGUGUCGUGGUCGACAAAAGCGGCAAGCCGAUGAAGCAGGCGAACUUUGACAACGAAGGGAACGUGGUGAGGGACGGGAUUAUCUGUGCGACGAAUGGCAAGCCGCUCGACAAGUAUUUCACGACUAUCACGAUCACGAUGGUACGCCGAGGAUUGCUGUGCGACAAGGACGGCCAGGUGAUCGCGCGGGCACCGUUCGGCGGCGACGGUGGCUACGUGAGGGAUGGCAAGAUCUACGACAAGUAUGGCAAACCGUAUAAUCAGGAAUUGUUCUUCGAGGACGGCUCGUACGUAAAGGACGGCGUGAUCAUCGGGAACAACGGCCAGCCGGUGGACAGUGCGACAUUCCCGAAGGACUUGCAAGAAUCGAAAUCCGCGUCGGCGAAGCUGAAGAGGCCUCCGGUCCCGACGACGAUACCGACGAUCGUGAAAACGACGACCAAGCAGUCGGUGGUGAAGGACCAGGAGGGUGUGACGCAGAAUAUUCAGGAAAAGAUCGAGGAUCUCACGCCAGGUGGCACAGGCCAAGUCACGGUCUCCACUCACGUGAACAAGGCAGAGGCACCGGAUGACGGUAGAGCUCCAUACAUGACAGCGACAGCUGUCACCACGCGCACCGCUACCAUGCACGAGGACCUCGAAAAGAACCAGAAGACAAGCCAGGUAGAGGAAAAGACUGUAGCGCAUACGACCGCGACCAGCGCGACGAGGCAGGAGCAGCGAGUGGUGACGCAGGAGGUUCGAACCACGAGCCACGUGCUCUCCGGCGAGCAGCUGUUCUCACGAAGACUAAGUACGUCGAGCUCGAGCAGCGGAGAUUCAGGCACACCGAUCGAUCUCGACGAUGACCAGCAAGCUUUCUACAAUCAAUAUUAUCAGGGAGAUCCAGCCGGUGUGAUUGUAACUGAGAAGCACGUUUACACGGGCGAGCCGGAUAGUAAUGUGACGACGACGACUACGGUACCUGUAGUGGCGACUGAAACAAGAAAAGUAGCUCUCGAGAGCGAAGACGGUAACUAUAGCGCCACAGGAGAGAUCGUCAGUACACAAACCAUAUCUAGUAAAACCCGUACUGUCGAGACCAUCACGUAUAAAACAGAGAAAGACGGCGUAGUUGAGACGCGAAUGGAACAAAAGAUAACGAUACAGUCGGACGGCGACCCGAUCGACCACGAUCGAGCUUUAGCGGAGGCGAUACAGGAAGCUACCGCUAUGAAUCCGGAUAUGACGGUGGAGAAGAUAGAAAUACAGCAGCAAACGGCGCAGUAAUGAAU